AUGGUUCUUAUCAUUCAACUUCUGACAGAAACGCCUAAACGAGGCGCAUUCAACAACCGAGAGGGCCUGGUAGUUGUCGAUGAUCCACUGGAUGAGGGAACACUGACCGUUUUGCCGCCGUUGAUUCUGAGGCAGCAGCAUGCAAGGAGUCGUGAUGGCCCUUCGGAACGGAGUUCGAGCAGCCAAACGAUCUUAUUUCUUGAAUGCGUUGCAAAUCAGAUAGAUGAAGAUCCCCUUUUCUUUCUUUUUCUCUUUCAGUUCCUUAUGCUUCGCCUCAACGGCUGA